CAAUUGAAUUUGUGCACACGCGCACUUCACAGAGACGUUCCCUUACGGAAAGAUACAAAUAACGCUACAACAUGCCAAUAGGAUCUCGCUAGCUCGUGAUUGGCUUUGCUGCUUGUUCUGCCUACUAUGCUUCAUUUGCUCCCGCUGUAAACGACACAGAUUAACCAUCUUGUGUUAGUUAUAUUUUAUGUCUAGCCGUCUGUCUAGUAGCUGUUAGCGUAUUACAGUAGCUAGCUAGCUACAGUUCUAGGAGAGACAGGAUAUUUGUAACUAGCUGAUUUGUUGACGAACAACAAAAAACAACGUUUGUGAAGUGCUUGCCCCUGUUUCCAGGAGGAAGAUCCCUGACUCUCUGGGCACUGGUGUGAUCUGGAGGAGGCUAAAUCCCAGUCUUUCCAUUAAUAUAGUAAACCAAACUGGGAAACAAGGGGGGCAGCUCAUCCAUAGAAGACUGGCUGUGAACUCUGGGACUGGUACCAGUAAGGGAAGGGGGGGGGGGUUGAUUUUCCAGUGAUCAGUUGAUGUUGUUGCGGUUAUGUCAGAGGCCAUCCUCACCUUCCAGUACCAGCUCAAUGGAGUCAUGGAAACGAUCCUCAAAACCGCCGUGCAUGAGAUCACUCGGCUGGUGAAGGACAGCUUCCUGGAAAAAGUGACACGGAGUAAUCAGGAAGUGGACGUCUUGAAGGAGAGGCUGCAGCAGUGUGAGCAGAGAUGGAGGGACGGAGAGGAGGAGAGGAAGAGGAGGGAAGUUGAAGAGAAAGAGCAGAGAAAGAAGAGGGAAGAGAGAGAGCAGAGGGGGAUGUGUAGGAGAUGUGGUUGUGCUGGAGACACUGAGGAGAGAGAAGAGGCUCUGUCAGGAGCAGAGGAAGGUUGUGUUAUCAAACAGGAGAUGUUCCAGCCAGAUGGACCCAGCGCUCUCCCAGAGAGAGAGGGUCCACAGGAAAUGGCCACACCCAGCUCUUCCUGUGUCUCUGAAAGGAUGGAAGAGAAGGAGGCCCAUGUGAUCCAUAUCAAAGAAGAACCCAAUGACUGGGGGGAUCUGGUUACCCAGAUGGUCACAUCCACAGAUGCCUCCAUAGUGAGCCUGAGUCGUCUGCAGAGAUUGAGCUCACUUGCUGGGGCUUGGACCAGUGAGCCUCAGCCUCCACCUCCACUCCCAGCACCAUGGGCCAGUGAGCCUCUUCCUCCAGCACCAUGGGCCAGUGAGCCUUUUCCUCCAGCACCAUGGGCCAGUGAGCCUCCACUACCUCCAGCACCAUGGACCAGGAAGGAGCAGCACCUACUCUCAAGGUCAGUGAUACCCACCCAGGGGACAGAGCAUGCUAUGGGGGCCCUCGAGAGCAUCAACACAACGGCACAGCUGAGGGUCAAACCCUUCAGCUGCCCACACUGUGGGAAGAGCUUCCCUCAGCUCCGAAACCUGAAAGACCACCAGAAGUACCACCACACAGGGAAGAAGGCCUUCACCUGCUCUCAGUGCGGUAUGGGCUUUGUGUACAUGUGCCACUUCAGGGUACACAUGCAGCGCCACAUGAGGGAGAGGGCAUUCAGCUGCUCUCAGUGUGGGAAGAGCUUCAGCCUUCAGAGCGGCUUGGAGAAACACAGGGUCCUUCACACUGCAGAGAGGCCUUACCACUGCACGGAUUGUGGGAACAGAUUCUAUUCUAGAGCGGACCUGAAAAUACAUGAACAGGUUCAUGCAGCAAGGUAGUAGACCUUUGAGAUGAAGCAGGUUGAUUUAGAAAAUUAGAGGGGGGAAAUAACUGCCCACGUGUACUAUGUUCAAUGUAUCAAUAGUUGCUGAUGCAUUUGAUGUUGAGGAAUAAAACUCUAUGAAGAAAUUA